AUGCCGGGAACGUUUAGUAGUGAUGGCAGCAGUUCUAGAACUAAUCAGGAGCCUCAUUACAAUGUUUGGAACGGAAACUCGCUGGAUUGUACCGACGAGGAAGUCGCAGCGAUCCGAAGGAAACUCUUUGGAAUCGAUUUAAACACAGAGGAGCAGUCAAAUAUGCCAACAGAUGAAACGCACGAGAUUGAAUGCAUCAUUGACGAAGAGAUUGAUGCAAUGACUUCCAAACACUACCAAGUGCAAUGGGUCGACUGGAAGAGCCCGGUAGAUGGUUCUGUCAUGACCUGGGUGCAUACCAAUGAUUUGUCAAAGCGGUCAGAGCAGGUUACUCGCGCAUGGGAAGCGGAAAAAAAGAAGAAGCUAGGGCAAAACCUUCAGCGCUAUGCGGACAUGGGCGUUCCAAUCGCAUCCAUCGGCCAAAACUGCUUCACACGUUUCAACACUACACUAUCAGAGACUGUUAUAUGGAGCUGGGCCGAUCAUUCCUCUCCUCAACCUCUCCGAAAUGCAGACCUUCGUGGCGAGGUCGCAUCCGUAAAGGCCACGGCAUUGGGCUAUCGAGGUGUGCAGCACGAGGAGAGCCCAUCAUUGAGCAGCUAUUCAGAGGAAGACGAGGAUCCAGUCCAGAUUGCUCAAGGAGUCAAGAGAAGAGCCAAAUCACCUCCAUUCGCUCCUCCAGCUAAACGAUUUCAAGUCAUACUGGAAGAAAGUGACUCCGAUUCUAUGGGUACUUCGCGGCCUCCUUCGAGACGUUCAAAGGGAAGGCCAAGGCGAAAUGAGGCAUCGAGAGUCGAGACUGCUUGGAAUCGCAUAGCAAGAAACUCGGGAGCUGCUACAAUUUCCUUGGUCAAUGAUGUGGAUGACGAAGAGAUACCCUCUUCUAUUGACCCAGCAACCUUCACAUAUCUAGAAAGAAGCUCUUAUAUCUUACCCGAAGGCGAGACCUCGCACAGCGGAUUGUACGAAGGCUGUGAGUGCGAAGAUGGAUGCAUCAGCCCAGACGAAUGUGCUUGUCAAAGCACAGAAUUCGCAGACGUCAUCAUGCACCACGGUCGACGUAGCUUUGCUUACGACAGAAACGGCCUAUACAUAUUCCCCGAACAAUUCGACUUCGCAGUGUUUGAGUGUAAUCACGCAUGUCUCCACCUUCCAACCUCGGUGCCACCCCUCAUACAUCCAUUAGAUGUGCCGUUGCAGCCACGAGACAUGUCCAAACCGAGUGGCACAAAGGCCUCGGGAUGUCCCACUUGA